AUGGCAUCCUCGACACCGCAGCCAGGCACGGUUGAGCCGCCCGUCAGCAUCGACCGAUUGACCAACAGUAACUGGACGAAGCCCGAAUACAAGUUACCCAUCCCAUCGCUACAAUUCCUGUUCCACCUUGAAUGUGAUAUGGAAUCUUUUAGACACAUUGGGCCUGGCCCCCACGGUGACAGGUCCACUGUGAUAUUCAAGGGCGGCCGAUUCGAGGGUCCACGCUUAAGAGGCAAGAUUCUUCCCGGAGGUGGAGAUUGGGAGGUUGUGAGGGACCAUGACGGAGAUCAGCAGACUGCCUUCUUGGAUACAAGAUACAACUUGGAAACACAUGACGGCGCGGUGCUUUUCUUGCGCACGACAGGAACGAGAACUGGAAAGAAGGAAAUCCUUGAAAAGCUGGGAGAGGGAAACAUCGGCCCUGAUCAAUUCAGAAUGCGUCUCAACCUCACCUUCGAAACUGGUGAUCCGAGAUACACCUGGCUCAACUCGGCUGUCUUUAUCGCAAGCUCUGGACGCGUGGGUGACAUGGUCAUCUACGACGCCUACCAAGUCCUCUAA